UUUAAUUCCUAUCCAAAGACUAUUGUGUGUGGUGCUGAACGUGGACCGCGUUCAAAUUUUAUUUUAUUUAUUUUCCGUAAAAGUCUUCUGUGGACUUCUUCGCGAUGGCUUUGACCAUUGUGUUGGUGUUGACUAUCUUAAGUGUAGCAAACUAUGGUAAUACAUUUGAAUUUUCUGGACUUGACCCAUCAGUACAAAUCAAAUCACAACUAAAACCAACCAUAAAACCAUUUUCUGCACAAACUAACCAACCUUAUCAAGGAGACCAAUUUAAGUCAACGUUUGGACACAAUAGUGUACCUGCAAAGCCUUUCGGAGCACCAUUUGAUCACUUUAAAUCAUCUUAUCAGCCUGACCAACCAUUCAGAACAAAUUAUCAACCAUUUGGACCUUAUCCUGGUUACCCAGGACCUGUUGUAUACCCCGGUUACGGUGGUUAUCAAGGACCAGAGGCUUACUCCUCUCCGCCUUACCGUUUUAAUGAACCCAACCACAAGCCAUUUGGUUUUCAACCAUUCCCAGCACCGGUUCAGCCAACGUUCAAUCAAUACAAAUUUGGUCCAGCAAAAAAAUUCAAUAAAAAUUUCCCAGGACUAGUCGAUUUCAAUCAAGCAGGAAAAUAUUUCCAUGAACACCAAUUGGGAGCAUAUCAUGGACCUGAAUUUUCAUCUGCUAUUGUGCCUGCAGAACAUAAUAUUAAACAAUCAAAACCUAAAGAUACGUUAUUAAGCAAACCAGUUUUUCCGACUUUACCUGAAUUCGGAUUACAUAAGCAAACCAGCUUUGGACUUCCUUCGCCAUCAUUCAAGUAUCCAGUACCAAACUUCCCACCAAUUCAGCCUUUCGUCAGCACCAUACCGUCAGUAAAGAGCGUGCCCACUACAGUCAUUCCGGUGGAUGCUGUAAACAUCGAAAAAAAAUUCGGCGGAGCUGAAAUCACUACUUCUGUUAUUCCGUUGUCAUCGGCUCAAGAUGAAUUGGCAACGGUGCAACAGCAAUCCGCGGAGGUCACAGGCGAGCCAUCGGCAGCAACACCUUCCAGUCCCGCUCAGGAGGAGGUCACUGCCGGUGACGUCUCUGCCGCCGAAGUGCCCGCAACUGAAGUAACGAUCAACAAUGAAGUGCCCGCGGCCCAGGAUGCCGCCCCGGCAAAAGAACAAAGCGCGCCAUCGUCGGAGAGCAACGAACCCAACACCGAUAGCGAGAAGAUCGCACCUGCCCCGGAAACCCAAGACUCUGUCAAGGAACUGAGCCCUGUUGUGGUAGCCGAAGAAGUUAAAGAAACCUCAAGCGGCGCACCAGCUGAACUUUCAAACGACCCCAUCGAGUUGACCACCAUCAGCGGAUCCGAAACCACCUCCGCGAAAUCCGAAGUAGCCACAGAAAACAAAUCCGAGACCGGUAUUGAAGCCGCAAGCUUGCCAAGUCUACCCACCAAAUUGCAGAACUCGAAUUUUGGUUCCAUAUCGGACACCUCAUCGCUGGGUCUAUUCGAUUCAUCGGGAUUCCCGAACUUUGGACAGUCCUUUGGUGUCCAACAGCCGUCGUACUACCCCUACUUUGAUACGCCCAAAUUUUCGGAAGAAGAACUGAAAGCAUUCGCGGCUAACUUCGGAACCAAUGUCCCACAGUUUGGCCAGGUUGCCGGAAGCGCAGACCCAGUGGUAAAAAUCACCGAGGGCACUUUAAACAGUCCGUCGGCUGAAAUCGCAACCAAACUCGAAAGUGAAGACAAGGUUAAGAGUGAUGACAAAACCGUGAGUGAAGAGAAGAAAACAGUUGUCGAAUCUCAAUCCCGCAACAUCCCAGAAGCACAGCCGAAGUUCAGUUCUGUACAAAUAAUCCGAGACGACCCAUUCAACGGACAAUUUCCUUUGUUGUAUGACCCAUCCAACUCCGCCUCACCCCUGGACACAUACAAGUUCUACAGCCACCCGUCCGUGUCCGCAUUGUCAUCUCAAGCCUCUCUGGCUUCGUAUUCGCCCGAGUCCGCGUUCAGCGACUUCGGAGCCCAAUUUCGUCAAGGCUAUUUGGUCGAAGGAUCGCCCUCGUUGACACCGUUCGCCAAGACAGUCGUGCAGUCCGACCAGACGCCGAUUUCCAUCUCGUCCCAAGACCAUCCACUCCACAGCCAGGUAUUCAAAUACUCGCAAUCGUUUGUGCCGUAUCCCGGACUGGUGACCAGCAAUAACAACGCUGCCACUUUACAAACCUUCGACGUAUCGUCGUCAACAGCCGCGCCAGCCGUCUCCUCCACAACUGCUACCGCCGCUGACGACGUUUCCGUCCAGUCGACUUCCGCUCCAGAUGCUGUGGUCGAGAACAGCAGCAGUACCAAUGCCCCGACCGUCGAGACAGCUUGAGCUGUCGACGAUUUUCUUCCCGCCAUUCCCUCAUCCUUGGAAAUGGUCCCUUUACUCACUUUCCUCGUUCUUCUGAUAACAAAUCAUCCAAUAUUGUCUUUGUAUAAUAUAUUUGUACCAUAUUCAGCGUUGACUAAACACGGCGAUCUGUUCGCACAGUACCGAAGACCGACAGGGUUGCCAGCUAAUUUCAAAAGACUAUAAACACAUACCUAUUGUAAUUUAUUAUUGAACCAUGAUUAUGUAUUUUUUUUUUUACAUGGACGUAUUUAAAUACAAAUCACUAUGUAUAAUAAUAAUAACCAAAC